CAUGAGAUAAGAAGUUACUUCACGAUAACCCUCAGAAUUUACUUAGAAAAAUAUAUCUGCAUGCGGAAAUCCAAAUUUUGGACAUUAAUCACGGAUAUUAAUUAAACAUGGAUUCUCCUGCAAAGUUGGCUAGUACAAUCAAUUGUUAAAAAAAAAUUCUUAAAUUCUUAAAAAAUUGAUGCGCGUCACUUAUUUUCUAUAAAUUGUAGGUGGCGAUCGUAACCAUGAACAUUUUCUAAUAAACAGUAAUGUUUGCGGUGUUUUUUUCUGGAAUUUCUAGAAUGAAACAGUGUAUGAAAAGAAAUAAUAAUAGAUCAGAAUUUCCACAGAAUACUUGAUCCGUCCAAGGUCCUAUGAAACAAUGCUAUAAUUUCAUGAAUAAAAAUAAUUGCAUUGAUCGCAGAUCCUAUUCUAUCGAGUAUACAUGGCAACCUAGCCUUAUCUCAGUGACACAAACCAACCGAAGCCGUGCAGCAUCUUUUCGGAUAUAUUUUAUUUUGUGACACACGACUACAACACAGGCAUAAACCAAACAAAAAUAAUCGGCAAAAAUGACAGAAAACAAUAUGUACAUACCGCCAAUGGUGAAAAGUGAAAUUUCUGACGAAUCCGAGUACGAUGCCGAACCUGAGGAAUUCAACAUUUACAAAAAAAAAUAUCAACUUUUGCUAGACAGAUGCGAAGUUUUGCAGCAGGACAACGAGAGACUGGUUUAUCGAAUUCAAAGAGUCAGAAAACUGUUGAAACGAACGAGAAAAGAAAAAAAAUUUUUGAUCGACCGUUUGGAUUCUCAUGGUGAUCGAUGGCGAGAAGCACCAAUGGGGGUAUUAGAAGAAAAUAGUGUCUUUCAGACUGCCUUAAAACCUGAAAAACCAACAAAAUCUAGCAUACAGGCCGUGAAAGAAGAAAAACCAAAGAAAGGAGCAAAACGGAAAAGCGGGAAGGCUGAUCCGAAUGCUCCCAAGAGACCGGCCAAUCCUUUCUUCCAAUUCUGUCAAGAGCAGAGACCCAGGGUUAUGGAAAGACUCGCCGGUGAACCUGAACCAAGUAAACAAGAAUUGACGAGACAACUCGCCACUACAUGGAAAUCACUCACCUCCGAAGACAAAAAAGUUUAUUACGACAUGUAUGAACGUUCCAAGGAAAAAUACGUGGCGGAAAUGCAAAUAUACAAUAAAAAAGUGGAAGACGUGCCUUCCCAGCCAACAUUAAACAUAACUUAAAUAAUGGAAACAUAUCUGUAAAUACGAAAAGGAAUUAUUUUAUCUCUCAAUUCUAUAAUCACGGAUUUUUGAGUGAUAUACCGAUUAAAAAGAAUAGCUAUACGAAUCGAUUUGAUUGUUUUUAAAAA